GGCUGGUGCGCAUUACACCUUCUUUUGCGACAUCCUCCAUAUCAAUUUCCAAGUAUUUAAUCCGCGCACGUAAGUUACUACGUUGAGAUAGGCUUGCCAUGCUUAUAAGAACACAUAGUAUGUCUCUAGAUUCAUCAUCGUUGUUUCUCAUUGGGCUCAAUUGCUGCCAGGUCUCUUAGUGACAUGAGCAAGUUGCUCUUCUCCUCGAUCGAAGUUACGCGGCAGGUAUUCUAUCGCACACCUUUGACAUUUGCCGUAGUGAACUUGAAGCCUAUUGUACCUGGUCAUGUUCUGGUCGUCCCGACUCGCGUGGUGCAACGAUUAGCAGACCUCAAGCCUCCAGAACUAUCGGAUCUCAUAAACACUAUUCAACAUGUGGGGAAGGUUAUCGAACGCGUGUACGGUGCGGAUUCUCUAACAAUCGCAUGUCAGGAUGGGAAAGCAGCGGGACAAACUGUCCCACAUGUUCACUUCCACCUUCUGCCUCGUCAUCUCCACGGUGACAGGUUCGGCGAACGGAACGAUGAGAUUUACCCUGCGCUUGAACGUGCUGAGGGCCAAAUGCCUGAAGUCUUGAUUUCUACCAAACGACGUGAAGAAGGGGAAGGUUUGGUGGAGUGUAGCGAGCCGAUAAAAAUGGACGCUGAUGAAGAUAGAGAGCCUCGUUCAAUGGAAGAGAUGGAGAAAGAAGCGGAGUGGUUAAGAGGAUUCUUCGCCGAUAUCGAGCGUCAAAAGGAGCGAGGGAAAGCGUGAAUUGCUACAGCUAUGUAAGAUAGUGUUUGGAUACAAGGUCUGAAGCAUAAGACGGACAUAGGUAUCGUAGAAUUCGAACUAGAAUCUAGAUAUACAAAAUGUAAGAAUACAACGAGAUCCACGAUCGUGAUAUUCGGCAAUACAAGAUAUUCAUACAU